AUGAGAGACAACCAGGAAAAUGUCUUUUUUCUCGAAGAUAUCACCUUGGAAGAGGAAUAUCAUCUCAUUUUUCCUGACGAGAACAAAAAUACAAAGAAAGAGAGGAUACAGAGGAUAUUUGGCAACAAGCUGCUGCCUACCUCGCAGAAUCUGAGAGAUACGGAUUUCGUGCUAGAAGACGGGAAGAACUGCAUGGAUAACAACGCCGAAUUGAUGUUGCUGGCAUUGUUGAACAACAAGAUAUUCUACAACUUUGUAGAGGACCUGAAUGAGAAGAUCAAUAGAAAGAUCGUUUACACUCCUUUCAUAAACAGCCUGAUCAACUAUCUCAAGGACUACUACCAGAACAGUUUCUUGGAUCUAAAUGAGGACUUCAUGAGCAUUUACAGGACGGUUUGCAAGAAAAUACACGAUGACCUCAUUGACACGCAUUUUUUUGAAGAAGAGAGCUGGACUUCUAAGAUUAAGAAGAGCUACAAAUCAGAGAAGAAGAUCUUCGAGAAGUACUCGCCAAUUGUUGAAAUUUUCCAUGGAAAGUACGAAGGACAGGACGGAAGAACGUUCUACAAGAUAUACCGCGAUUAUUUGGAUAUAACCACAAAGGAGGGAGCGGCUGAUAUGUCAAUGAGUGUUCGUGAUUACUUCGAGUCAAGUAAUAUCAAGAUAAACAAGUGUCCGUUGAUACUAGUUCUCAAGUUUGAGAACAAGAGAAAGCUGAAUGUGCAAGAGAUUCUUACCGUUGAGCGCACAAGAUAUCGUUUGUCGAGCUUUAUUACUCACGCUGAACCAACACACAGGGCGUAUCUUAACAAUCACGGGAAGUGGUUCAUGUGUGCGGAAGGUAAAAUUACGAACGUUGGUAUAGAUGAGAAAGAAAAGUACACCGUGCUUAUCGCACUCUACCAGAUUGAUAGGAUUACGAAUUAAAAAUUAUUUUGAAAGAUUAGCCUGGCGGGGCUCCUCGUAGAAUUUAACGUAGCUCUAACGAGCCAAGUAGUGUGUGUUCAAUAAAUGCUCGUCAAGG